AUGUCGUCCGAACCGAAGACCUACGUGUCCGGCGGGCGCGUCCUCGGAAGCCCCCCACUCACCGUCCGAGUCAGCCGUUUCUUCGAAAGCAUUUACAUCUUUCUGGGUCUCGACUUCGUGAGCCUGUUCUCGUUGGAUCCCUACACCGCCGCGCAAAACUCCAGGUUCAAUGUAUCUCGACAGGGAAAGAACCCUAAUGCGAGCGCUCGUUGGGGCGCGGGAGGCGGGUCUUGGGGUGGUGGUGGCGGUGGAGGUGGUGGCGGGCCGGGAGGACCGGGUGGUGGGAGGAGGAUUGGUCGCGUGGAUGAUGUGAGGGGGCCGGAGUGUAAGAGCUGUGGUUGA